AUGGGUUCCACAAAAUUCCGCCGUGGUCUUCUAGCAAGACGAGGUAGUAAGAUAAUAACGAAACUCCCAUUCAUUACCUUGGUCCCUUGCCUCGUCACUAUUGCAGCUAUUGUUUUAAUCAAUAUUGGUGGUGUCGACUCACAUGAUGAGGGCAUAGAGAACUUAAGCCUAAAUCUCCCUUUACUGAAAUGGAAGUACACUGUCGAACCAGUAGAUGGGAUCAAAUCAAUUACUGAACACCUGUACCUCAACCGGGCAUGUAUCAGAUGGGAAUCUGACAAAGAACCUGUAGUCGAGCUGGGACUGUGUUACAAUAUUCACGACCUAUCGUACGACGAGAGUACAUUUUCAACUACUAUCAACACCAUUGAUUCGAUGCCCAGAGGUCCACUGAAUCUCAAGCUGACCCAAGGACUGUACACUGGGUCUGCUGGACUGGCGCUGAUCCUUAUGAUUUUGCCAGCCAUUUUGGCUUUCACACCACAGCCAUGUAAAAAGAACUUCAGAUUCAUUGCCGUCUUCAUUUCCAUAUUAGGAUUUGUGGUGGUCCUAGGGGCUUCCAGUUUCAUUACACACCAGAUGACUGCUUUGAAGUCACAAAUCCUCAAUUUCAAGCCUCAGAUUACUAAAAUAUUGAAUGAGGGAACUAGCAGCGAGCAACGACUAUCGUAUACCAAUGUGGAGUACGUACAACUAGGAUAUGUUGUUUUGGGCCUUACCUGGGUAGCCGCUGUGGCCAUGCUCUCUGUGUUGGUCACAUGGUGCCUGUCUUUUAUUCCCACGCAGAGUGUUGGUCUGUCGAAAGAAUCAGACAAAUUAUUGGGAGAUGACACAACGAGGGGAUGA